ACCCCUAACCCCUAACCCCAUACCCCUUCCACCGCCACCCUCCUCCUCCUCCUCCCCCCGGUUCAUGUGCAGGCUGCUGUCUGGUAAUAGUUAGACCGGCAGCGCCCUCUACUGGCUAAGCUGAGGUAUGACACCACCCCGUCCUACUCGUAAGUAUAUGCAGAGACGCACUGGGCGCAGUACCUGUUGUUCCUGUAGGGAUCUAAUUAUUGUCGGAGGUUUACGUAUAUGGGGUGUAAUUGAGUAUAGUUGAUCAGAGGAGUGCCGGAGUGUGACUCAAAUCGGGCGUUGGGGAAUAUCUACGGGGCCAAACCCUUAUCUGGCUUGGCUGGUUCUGAAACUGGCCCCAUUUAGUUUAUAUUAGUUCCUUGCAAACCAUGAUUAUAACCUUUUUAGAAAGUUACUAAAAGAACAUGUAAUCACCCAUUGUCUGGAAGGAAUAUGAUUUAUUUAUAGUACACUGGGUUCAGUUCCGCUUAUUGUUUUACGGUGCCACUUAUAGCUUGUUUAUUUAUGUCAAAGUUCUAUUUUUGGGGUUGGAGUUUUAUCAUUUACAGUUGUUUUGCACACGACGCUUUCACUUUAUAAUUAUAAAAUAGUAUUCUUUAACACGGGUGAUGCUGUCUAUUCUCUAUGGGCGAUGUGUGGUUUUAUAAUCUAAAUCAACGUCUUUCUUUAUACCCUGCAACUCUAUUUGUAAAAACAAUUUAUUAUGUAAUAAAGUGACGUUUUACAAAAUGUAAAGUUGUGUAUUAUGAAUAUAUAAGGUAACGUAUCAAUUCCUGAGUGACACUCCUUUCGGCUAAACAAAGGCUAUGGACUUCAUAGGAAUGCUAAGCCACGCCCACACAGGUGCAGCGAAUGAGCAUUAUUUAGGGAAGCGAAAUACUGCCUCAAAGUCCUCCGUUUACAAAAUCAAGCCGGUAUUUGUUGGCAUUGGGGGUCCAAUAUAGCGCAUUGUUCCAGUUGUGAAGGUAAAUGAACUUUGUUUCGUUCUGAAAUCAGAGCCCGUCCCCCUUUUGCCUUGCUGCCUUUUCUCUUCAUCAGUUGACGUUGAAGCAAGUUGGAAGAGACAAGAGAAGUAAAGCAAGUAUGUUACGGAGAGAUCAAGGCAGCGAAUCGUCAUCCUCUACGCCACAGCUACCGCCCAGGCCCAGCGAGAGGAACAAUGACGUCACGGACGAUGUUGUUACGAACAAUAGGAGGUCUGGAAUGAUGGGGGCGAUUCAGAAGGUCAAUCCAUUCAAAUCUACCUUUCAGGCUUCUUCUACCGUCAAAGCCGCCGCCUCACAGGAGCCUCCCCAGCUGGACGCCACGGCGGGGGCCACACAGAGCUCUGGCAAACUGAUGGGGGUCAUCCAAAAGGUCAACCCCUUUAAGUCCACACCACAGGUGCGUCUACCUGAACAGGCCUCAGCCAAGGUCACGCGAGCGUCUUCGUCAGGGUCCCUGGACCAGGGAGGCUGUCCGGACUCUCCCCAGAACCCUGGCCGGUUGCAGUCGGCCGUGCAGAAGAUGAACCCAUUCCGCUCUGCCUCUCAGGCGUCUUCAGCGGUCCCCAAAGCGCCGUCCUCUGAGUCACUGGAGCCAGGAGGGAGCUCAGAACCGUCCCAGAAUCCCGGAGUGUUUGUGGGGAUGAUGCAGAAGGUGAACCCUUUCAAAUCCACGGUGAAGACCCAGUCCUCCAACGACAAUCUCUCGUCCAGCACAGGAAGUCUAACCGACAACAACAACACCACUAAAAAACAGACGUCUGAAGUUUCAACCGACACUGUAGAUCAGCAACUGCCAAAACGGAACCCUGGGACGUUUCAAGGAAUGAUGCAGAAAGUCAACCCCUUUAAGGCAUCGGCUGCAGAGGGAGAACCUGCUGCCUUUGUGGGGCGCCAGGGACCGUCGCUCCGCAGCGACUCCUCCUCCAGCUCCGACUCCGGCAGCCUGGACGACGGCUCCAUUGAGAGACACUCGGUCUGGUAUGCGGAGGAGAGCGGGAGUGUCGCCUUCAGGAGUGCACCAAAGGAAGGGCCACCCAGGAAGACGAUGACUUUCAGGAUAAAAAGAAUACUUCCGGCCGCCUUGUUCAGUUCAGGGACAAAGACCUCGUCCGCCGGAUUAGAUGACGGACCACUCUUGGCUCAGGCGGAGGAGGUGACGGAGGUGGUGGAGGUGCAGACCCUGCAGUUGGCCGAAGCCCCAGAGCCCGGCGACGACGAGUCCUUGGGUCCCCUCGACGAUGAGGAGGGCCUGAUGUCUUGGUGGAGAACCGUCGAGGGAUGGGAUGAGUGGAACCAGUCCACCGAGGACACGCCGGCGGAGGAGGAGAUGGUGGAGGAGGCGGCCGACCGGGUGUUCAUGGCGGCGCGGCUCUUCGUGCGGCUCUUCAACCGCCGCGGCGGCACGCUGCAGACGCACAUCCUGGAGCUGCUGGCGCUCGCCGACGACGCCGACAGCUUCCACAAGCGCACGGUGAAGGCCAGCGUGGGCGGGGGCGUGGCCAGCGUGGCGGGCUCCGUCACCACCAUCACGGGCCUCAUCCUGGCGCCGUUCACCAUGGGCACGUCGCUGAUCGUCACGGCGGUGGGCAUCGGCGUGGCCACGGCGGGCGGCCUGGUGUCGGCGUCGGCCAACAUCACGGACACGGUGCACUCCAAGACGGACCGCAAGAAGGUGGAGAAGAUGAUCCAGGACUACCAGGACAGCAUGCGGGACAUCAGCGACUGCCUGCAGUUCGUGCAGGACGGCAUGGAGGCCCUGGAGGCGUGGGACUUUGAGACGUACGCCGAGGUGAUCACCCGGAGCCACCUGAACCAGAACGUGAAGCACGUGGUGAAGGAGGGCGGGCGGGCGGGCAAGGCGCUGCUCAUCAACACGGAGAGCCUGGUGAGCACCAUCCAGGUGCUCAGCGUGUCGGGCGUGGCGGCCAAGGCGGCGCAGGUGAUGAGCGUGACCACGGGCGUCAUGUCGGGCCUCUUCCUGGCGCUGGACGUCUUCUUCCUAGCCAAGGACUCGAUGGAGCUCAAGAAGGGCGCCAAGACGGAGUUUGCCGUCAAGAUCCGCGAGGUGUGCCAGGAGCUGCAGGGAGGCCUGCUGGAGCUGAACCGCAUCAAGGAGCAGCUGCAGAAGACCAUGGACGGCAUCGAGGUGGAGGCGGAGGGGGAGGGCGGCGAUGAUGAGGGGGAGGAGGAGGAGCUGAGGUCCAGCGUGAAGAAGCUGAUCGAGCUCGAGGAGUAGGAGAGGUGACGUUUGGGUUGUGGGGGAGGGUAGGCGGUUGGCUUGGUUGAAGGAGGCCGAAGGUACAGGACGGCGCAAGAAUGUCCAAAACUGACUAUUCGCUGGAAUGCCGGCUAUGCGUUCCGGCUCAAACCACUGUUCCAUGACGCUGAAGGAGACUUUAUCAAUGGAAGGGUUUUACUAGUUAUAUUGCAUUAUUCCUCGGUUGUAAAUCGGACUGUUACAGGGUAUUGAUCGUUAGCUGCCUACACUGUGAAGAUUGUCAUUUGGAACAGAUGUUGUAGCUGGCAUAUAUUUUUAGCAAUAUAUUUUAACUGUAUUUUAGCUGCCAUCAUAGAAGUAUGUUUCAUUUGACAUUUUAUGCACAUGUUUUCUGAAUUGCAAUUAAAUAAAUGGUUUGAAGUUA